AUGGACUGCAUCGUUUCUUACCUGCCGCAGUCUCUGCGUGAGAUUGUCGAGCCCUACAUUCCUCUCUGUGAAGAACACGCGCCAUUGAUUGGCAUCGCGUUGGCCUCCCUCAUCGCCGUCUACGUGGGGUACCUUUUUGUCCAAUGCCAGAAAGAAGCUGCCGUCGCGUUCAACGUUCCUGUGCCACAGGAAGUACGCAAAAGCAAUACAGGCAAGAAAUGGGACGAAGUUUCCGGCCAGCAGAAACAGGUCUUGGAAGAUCAAGUUCGCGGAAAAUGGAACAAUGAUUUGAUUAUGAGCUACUGCCCCGCCGACGGUCGAGUACUUGGGAAUGGAAUUCGGCCUGCGACAGUCGAGGAUGUUGAUGAAGCGGUGCGCGCGGCCAAAACUGCCCAGCGCGAAUGGGCCAAAACAACAUUUGCGGAGCGCAGAAAGGUCCUCCGAACUCUUUUGAAAUACGUGCUCGAACACCAAGACGAUAUCGUGACCGCAUGCUGCCUCGACUCCGGAAAGACAAAAGUGGAUGCUUCGUUCGGCGAGAUUCUCGUGACGGCCGAGAAGCUGAAGUGGACGAUUGACCACGGCGAGAAGGCCCUUCUCCCUUCACGCAGACCUACAAAUUUCCUUAUGAUGUACAAGAAGAACAUCGUUACCUACGAACCCCUCGGAGUGGUCUCGGCCUGUGUGUCAUGGAAUUACCCAUUCCACAAUUUCAUCGGACCGGUGAUCAGCGCAUUGUUUACCGGCAACGGCGUCGUUGUUAAGCCAUCUGAACAAACGGCCUGGUGCACUGCAUACUUCCUAGAUAUAGUACGCGGCGCUCUGUCCAGCUGCGGAUACUCUCGGGAUCUGGUUCAUACCAUUGUGUGCCUUCCCGCUGUUGCGGACAAGUUGACCUCCCACCCGGACAUCUCCCACCUCACAUUCAUCGGCUCCCGGCCUGUCGCAUUCAAAGUCUGCGAGUCCGCAGCUAAGUCCUUGACACCCGUCUGCGUCGAACUGGGCGGCAAAGAUCCCGCCGUCAUUCUCGACGAUCCCCGCACAAUCCGCAACCUCCCCACAAUCGCCUCGAUCCUCAUGCGCGGCGUAUUCCAAUCCGCCGGUCAAAACUGCAUUGGUGUUGAGCGUAUCGUCGCCUUACCAGGCACAUACAACAAACUUAUCGAGAUGGUCACACCUCGAAUUCAAGCCCUCCGCCUCGGAUCUGUUCUCCUGGACACCCCCUCCAACGAUCCUACCGCAAUCACACCCGACAUGGGAGCAAUGAUCUCCCCAGCCUGCUUCGAUAAGGUCGAAUCACUGAUCUCCGAAGCUGUCAAGCAAGGCGCCCGUCUGCUCGCUGGUGGAAAACGCCACGAGCACCCGAAAUACCCCCAAGGCCACUACUUCACCCCUACUCUUCUCGUCGACGUCACUCGCGACAUGCGGAUUGCCCAAGAAGAGCUAUUCGCACCUAUCUUCCUCGUUAUGCGCGCUGAGUCUGUACCUGAUGCUAUCGCCAUCGCAAACUCCACUGCCUAUGCCCUUGGCGCUAGUGUUUUCGGUCACAACUCUGCUGAUGUCCAAGCUUGCGUCUCAAACAUUGAUGCUGGCAUGGUCUCUGUGAAUGAUUUCGGAGCAUACUAUGCUGUUCAGUUACCCUUUGGUGGUGUUAAGGGAUCUGGAUAUGGCCGAUUCGCCGGCAAUGAAGGUCUACAAGGUCUUUGUAAUACGAAGGCCGUUUGCGUGGAUCGAUCCCCUAAACUUAUUGGAACUGCUAUUCCUCCUCGUGUUGAUUAUCCUAUUCAGAAGCGUGAGGGCAGUGCCGGUGUCAAGGAUGGCAAUGCCGCUUGGGAAAUGUGCAAAGGUGUUGUUGAAACUGGAUACCAGUUGACUAUCGGUGGACGUGUUGCUGGCAUCUUACGUUUGUUGGGCAACAUGUAA